AGUGUGUAACAAUGCCACCAGAUCUCUAGUCUUGAGAAAUAGGAAUACGUCAAAACAAAAAAAGUGCAUCUAGGAAAAGUUCCCAAGUGUGACGUGUGAGCUGACACACAAACAGUUCAUCGGUGGAUUAAUUCAUGCGAAGUGCUGUGUGGAAAGGGAACUCAUGUGAUCCAACGUCGUCUAGAUUGAGUUAUUUUUUCUUGGUUCAGAAUUUUUAUGUUUAUCUUGAAGCAUUUAUAUUUUUAUAUGACCAGUGUUGGAAUAUUAGAUUUAGAUCCAGUACAGUGUCGUUUGAUUUAUUCUGCAUCUUUGACCAAAACACAAAUGCUAUUUGACCGGUAUGCAUGAUCGCGUGCGAGUUAUAACGAAAUGUUAAAUGCCUAUACAAGUACUUCUCUUUAAAUUGUGUUCUAACGUAUGCUGAGAACAGAUCCAGACCUUGUCCACUACAUCGAUAUGAAAACGUUCUGUGUGAUGACAGAGUUUGUGGUUAAAAGACUGUCAUGUUCACUUCUGCUUUCCCGUGUGUUCUAUUUACUUUAAUCUGUUGGAACUACGCUGUUUUAUCUUGAACAAAAGGGUCAGUCAUUGAAAUUCAGUAGACCGGUCAGCAUGAAGGAGGACAUGACAACUACGGACGGGCCUGGGCGCAGGUCUAACACGGCCUUUAAAGUGGUCAAGUGGAUUUUUAAGUCGUUGUUGGCUCAAAUUGGCUGCCUGUCGGGCCAGUCAACAGAAGAUCUGAACGAAGAUCUAGAUGAAAAUAGACAAUAUCUAAUAGAGGAUUCCACUGUGACUGGGUGUAACAAAAAGAACAAGAAACGCGCUAAGAUUGUAUCUAGAUCCAAGUCUCCAAUUUAUCAGUUGGAAUUGGACAUUGCUGAUGAAGAUAGCUGGAAGCACACAGGAAAGGUUAAUCAACCAAUGUUCAGUUUGCAGAACUGUACUCUUCAGUCCGAGGACAGAGGGGAUGGGGAGACUUACUGGGUAUCAUUUGAAGAGAAAAGUUUCUCAAAGGGAAAUGAAUUUAAAGUCUAUAAUGGCAGAAUGAAUGGAGCUGGACCAAAGUCUGGAGACAGAUGUGUGGUCAAAGUAUUCAGACAGUGCCAGGGAACUAAGAGUCUGUGUGCCUGUGAAGUAAAAAAGUCUUUGAAAGCUAAAGAAAUAGCCAAGGCUUUUAGAAAUGUAUGCCCCAAUCAAGAAAGCAGAAUCAAAAUUGCCACAGUUUACUGGGCACUCAUGGAUGAGGUGUCUAAACUUAAGCUUCUAUUUUUUACAGGAGAGAGAAAAUUGUCUACAAGGGAAGCUGUGCUCUUUGAGGAUGAUGUGAGGAUCAGUGAUGAAAAGCCUGGUAAACCAAGGAAGUUGUCAUUGUACAUAAAUGCUAGUGGAGAAAGUGAUCAUUCCAUUUCAAGAGAUUUAGAAGCAUUUGUUCAUUUUUCUUAUGACUUAUCCAAUGGUAAGCUUGUUAUCUGUGGACUAGAGGGUGUUCAAGAUGAAGAUGGUUAUUUUCUGAAGACGCCAACAAUCCACUCAGAGGCCAAGGAGUUUGGGAACAAAGACCAGGGAAUGAAUGGAAUUCAAGAAAUUUUUAGGAGGCAUAAGUGUAAUGACCUGUGUAAGAAUAUGCUGAAACCUGACAUGGAGCAGGUUAUCAUUGACAGCGGGUCACCUGCUAAAUGCCCUGCUUCAUCAUCAUUUCCAUUUCCAACAGAGCCCAAGCUUAACCUCAAUGAUGAUUGCUGCCUACCUUGUAAAUUAAACCACCCUAACCAUUCUGUGAUAAACAGGCAUGAGUCAUCAAAGUCAGAAAUAACUGAGGGCAUGUCUGACUACCUGGAGCCUUCUGCCCCUGUUUUAGAAGAUCUUGAUGAGGAUGUCUUCAUCCCGCAGCCCCCUCCUUAUUCCCAGCACUUUGUGGCCAACUGGCUUAUCAAUGAGCAAUUACCUAACUGCUUUGUUCCACCUGUCCAAGAGAAUAUCCUGAGUGUUCAUAACAGAAGUGAAACUUCUCAAGGAGAAAACCUGAACCAGGUCACCCAGGACAUGAAUGCAAAUUUUACUGAUGUUGAAAGCAUCUCAGGAGGAGUGUCUAACACAUCUAGUGUAGAAGACAGCAGUGACAGGACAUGUGUUCAGUUUGACAAGAAAAAAGUUCGUUUCAACCUGUUGAAUAGCCCUAGCUCAGCUAAUGCUUCUUCUACACAAUUCUCAAGUGACAGUCAGAGGGAUACUUCCACCAGUGGGUUCAGCAGUCAGCCACAAUCCAUCAUCAAACAUUCAACAGCAAAUGCUUUUGAACCUGUGACUCAUUUCUCUCCUAUUUCCCCCAGUUUCACUACCAGCGAGAUGUCACAGCACUUCUUUACCGAUAGCCCUCCUUCGUAUUACGAUUCCCAAGUGCAUACAGCAUACUGGAUUGUCCAGCGAGGCUACCUGCCCGUCCAUCCUCCAGCUCCAAGUGCCCCAAUCAGUGACAACAAUAAUUCUUGUGCUAAAACUACAGUUGCUGCUGUAAUAACACCUAAAGGUCAAGUGGCUAAUUUUUUCCCUGUCGCAGUCAACAAUAUUCCCUCUACUUCAAUGUAAGUGUAACAGUUUGAAGUUUUCCCUUUCUUAUCCCAGUGUUAAAUGUCUUGCAGGUGUCAUGAACAUAUGAGGAUGAUAACAAAAUUUGACUUGAUGUAUGCAGAACAAUUAUUAAGAAACUGAUUAAGUUGGAUUUUUCAACAAUUGUAGUUGUCUAGCUGUUCAUCUAGCUUAAUAUACAGCUUGUGCUAGCUUGAUUUUUUUGCCUUACAAAGUGCACAUUUAGAUGAAUACAUUUACAAAAUAGUUUUUGAAAUUUAUUUUACAAUAAAAGUUAGUAGUA